CAUACUGCAGCAACCACUGUUCUACAACUGGUUUUAUUUCUGCAGGAUGAGAGCUGACACAACACACUGUUUUUCCAUCUUCAUUGUCUGCAUGAUGUUUGUACCAGCCAGCAGGGGAGCUCAUGGGAAGUACGCGCAGAGGCUGCUGAACGACUUGUUUGGAAACUACACCAGCGCACUGAGGCCAGUGGAGAACACCAAUGACAUCUUAAACGUCACACUACAGAUUACGCUUUCCCAAAUAAUCGACAUGGAUGAGCGUAACCAGAUUCUGACAGCGUAUUUAUGGAUACGGCAGGUGUGGAAUGAUGCAUACCUGACCUGGAAUAAAGAUGAUUAUGAUGGACUCGAUACCAUCCGUAUACCUGGUAGUUAUGUAUGGAGACCUGAUAUUGUCCUAUAUAACAAUGCGGAUGACCAUUUCACAGGCACCAUGGACACCAACGUAGUGAUCCGUCACGAUGGCCAGAUCAUGUGGGACUCUCCCAUCAUCACAAAAAGCUCCUGCAAGGUAGACGUGUCCUUUUUCCCCUUUGAUGCCCAGCAGUGCCGUCUGACCUACGGCUCCUGGACCUAUAAUGGCAAACAGCUGGACAUUCUCAAUGCCAUGGAUAGUGCAGACCUGGCUGACUUGGUGGAUAAUGUAGAAUGGGAGGUGCUGGGGAUGCCGGCAAAGAGGAACAUGGUCCAGUACGGCUGCUGUGCUGACCCCUACCCAGAUGUAACCUACACACUAAUGCUAAAGAGAAGAGCCACCUUUUAUGUGUUUAAUCUACUGAUCCCCUGCGUGAUGAUCUCGUUCCUCGCCCCUCUGGGCUUCUACCUGCCUUCUGACUCCGGAGAGAAAGUGUCUCUGGGUGUCACUGUGAUGUUGGCACUCACUGUUUUUCAGCUGCUGGUGGCAGAGAUUAUGCCCCCAUCUGAGAAUGUGCCACUUAUAGGGAAAUAUUACAUAGCCACUAUGACCAUGAUAACAGCCUCCACGGCUCUCACUAUCUUUAUCAUGAACUUCCACCACUGUGGCCCAGAGGCAAAGCCUGUGCCUAAAUGGGCUAAGAAGUUCAUCCUGCAGUAUUUGGCCAGGAUCUGCUUUGUCUAUGAAGUCGGCGAGAACUGCAUGAACCCGCAGCCUGAGAAACCUGACCCUCCACCUGAGAGGCAGCCACAGCACGUGAACGGACAAGCAGGGAAAGACGACCUUGUCUUCAAAUUUGACAGAGGUCAGGACAACAUGUCCCCGAAGAUCCCAGAGGAAAAAGAGGACAUGUCUCAGAUUAUGUCUCCAACAUGUUCGAUGGGCAAAAACCCCACCAAUCACUACAGUGUGUGGAAGAAUGGAGUAUUCCUGAGUAUGGAUGGUGGAGACGGUGCGUCCCCGGCAGGCGGAGGAGUGAUAGACAGGGAAAGGGCAGGAGGACUGGGGGACGGAGGCAGACGGAGUGAUGCUGGAGGAAACAGGCGGCACGUGAUUGAAGAACAGCAUCACUUUAGAAAUGUUGAAUACAUCGCUAACUGCUAUCGAGACCAGAGGGCCACUCAGAAACGCACAGGAGAGUGGAAGAAAGUAGCCAAAGUACUGGACCGCUUCUUCAUGUGGAUUUUUUUUAUAAUGGUGUUCUUUAUGAGUCUGCUUAUAAUGUGCAAGGCCAUCUGAGCCAGCUUAGACUAUUACUCAUGAUGCUGGGAGUGAACACGAAGUAUUAUCACCAAGGUGACAUUAUGGCACACUAAAAGAGGACAGCUGAA